AUGUCUAAUUUUAGAGACAGUUCUAGUCCUCAUAGAGGUUACUCAGAAUUUGAUCCCGAAUCUGGUGAUGGAAUAAAUAGAAAAAAGUCUUUAAUUAGACCAGAAAGAGGUAGAAUGAAUGAAAAUCAUCCAAGAUUUCACUAUACCCAAGUUGCUAAUCAAGAGGCUGAUCAUAUAAAAGUUCAACCUUCUUCAACAGGGGUUGAUCCUCGUAAAUCUACUGAGUUAUCUCAAUCAAGAUCUCAUUUAAGUCAUUAUUCUACUCCUCAUGGUGAAGUUGAAGUUGAAGAUGACGACGAAGAUGAAGGUAUUCCUUUAAUGGAUAUUCACAAUUCUUCUCCAAAUGUCAGCGUUCAAAAUGACUUGAAAGGUGGUAGAGAAAUUUAUGGAUUAAAUGAUGAAAUUGUUGAUGAUUACAGUAAUAAUCCAAAGAGAAAUCAAGUUAUAUCAACUGUCAAGCCAGUUAAUACUCCUGAAAAGGAAGAAAAACCUAAAAGUGAUAUUUAUUUUUGGAAAGUGUAUUGUUACGCCAUCACAUUUUGGGCUCCUGCUCCUUUAUUGAAAUUGUUUGGUUUACCAACAAAGGAUCGUCAAUUUGCUUGGAGAGAAAAAAUUGGGUUAAUUUCUUGUAUUCUUUAUAUUGGUGCAUUUGUUGCUUAUUUAACUUUUGGUUUCACAAAGACUGUUUGUUCAGGUGAACAAGUCAGAACAAGAAUUAAUCAUGUUAAUGGGGGUUAUUUGAUUAUUAAUGGUAGAGCCUUUGAUUUGACUUCUUCUCAACAUCCUCAAGCUGCUGGUAUCCAAGCGGGGGCUAAUGUUUUAUAUCCUCCAAUGAAUGCUGGUGGGAAAGAUGCUUCUUUUCUUUUCCAAAAUGUUAAUGGUAAUUGUAAAGGAUUGAUUCUCCCAAGAGAUAAUUGUUCUAUUCCUUAUGAUGGUGAUGAAUUAGCUUGGUAUAUGCCAUGUCGUCUUUUCAGUCAAGAUGGCUCAGAUGAAGUUAACAAUACCUUUGCUUAUUAUGACGGAUGGGCUUGUCAUACUAGUGAAACUGCUCGUGAAGCAUACUAUCUGUUGAAGGUUAAUGGUGAUGUCUAUUUCACCUGGGAUGAUAUCAAGAAUUCUUCAAGAAACUUGGUUGUUUACUCCGGUAAUGUUUUGGAUCUUGAUUUAAUUAAUUGGAUUCAAACUGAUGAUGUUACCUAUCCCGAGUUGUUUGACAGAUUGAGAGAUGAUCAAACUUUUAGAGGAUUGGAUAUUUCUUUGGUUUUAACCAAUUCAGACGAAAGACAGGCAGCAAGAUGUUUAACCGAAAUUAUUAAAGUUGGUGUUAUUGAUUCUGAAACCAUUGGUUGUAUUGCUUCUCAAGUUGUGUUGUAUCUUUCUUUGGUGUUUAUUUUAUCUGUUGUUGUGGUUAAGUUUAUCAUGGCUUGUUGGUUUAAAUGGGUUACUUCCAAGAAACAAGGGGCCACCAUGUAUGACAACAAGGCUUGGGCUAAAAGAAAUAGAGAAAUUGAAAAUUGGGUUGACCAUGAUCCAGGUAUUGGGGCAGAAGUCAAAACUGUUCCAAUUAAAGCCAGAGCCAAUUACAAAGCUACUAAAACCAAUAGACAAUCUGUUUUCCAUAAGACACAAAAAUUAUCUUUGGGUCCAAAUGCUGAUUUAUCUCAAUAUUAUGAUAAUCCAAAUGCCCUUUCAAAAACUUUUAAAUAUACUACCAUGUCAACUCAAGCUGCUUUGUUGGGACAUAACAACUAUAGUAAGAAAGGAAUGAGAAACAACAAUGGAAGUAGAGCUUCUAAUCUUUAUUUAACUGAUCAAGGAUCAUCUACUGAUUUAUUGAAUCGUCCAAUGUCUUCUUAUAAUCCAUUUGAUACCAUGGAUGAUGGAUUUGUUGUUAAUGGUUUGUCUCCAGAUAUUAUUCAUCCAGAUGUUGUUCCUCAGCCACCAGUUGAAUAUCAACCAUUUGGUUACCCAUUGGCCCAUACUAUUAACUUGGUUACUUGUUAUUCUGAAGAUGAAGAUGGUAUUCGUACCACCUUGGAUUCUAUUGCUACUACUGAUUACCCAAAUUCCCAUAAGAUGAUUCUUGUUAUUUGUGAUGGUAUUAUUAAAGGUUCUGGAAAUGAUGAAACUACCCCUGAUAUUGUUUUGGGUAUGAUGGAUGAUUUGACCAUUCCAAAAGAAGAAGUCCAACCAUAUUCCUAUGUUGCUGUUGCACAAGGUAGUAAACGUCAUAAUAUGGCUAAGGUUUAUGCUGGUUUUUACAAAUACAAUGAUGAAACUGUUCCACCAGAAAAACAACAACGUAUUCCAAUGCUUACUAUUGUUAAAUGUGGUACUCCAGAAGAAGCUAGUGCACCAAAACCAGGUAACAGAGGUAAGCGUGAUUCCCAAAUUAUUUUGAUGUCCUUUUUGCAAAAAGUUGUUUUCGAUGAAAGAAUGACUAGUUUGGAAUACGAAAUGUUGCAAAGUAUUUGGAGAAUUACUGGAUUAAUGGCAGAAUUUUAUGAAAUUGUUUUGAUGGUUGAUGCUGAUACUAAAGUUUUCCCAGAUUCCUUGACCCAUAUGGUUGCUGAGAUGGUUAAAGAUCCAAUGAUUAUGGGGUUGUGUGGGGAAACUAAGAUUUCCAAUAAAGCACAAACUUGGGUUACUGCCAUUCAAGUUUUCGAAUAUUAUAUUUCUCAUCAUCAAGCCAAAGCAUUUGAAUCUAUUUUUGGUGGUGUUACAUGUUUACCAGGGUGUUUCUGUAUGUAUAGAAUUAAAGCACCAAAAGGUUCUGAUGGUUAUUGGGUACCAAUUUUGGCCAAUCCGGAUAUUGUUGAAAGAUAUUCGGAUAAUGUUGUUGAUACUUUGCAUAGAAAGAAUUUGUUAUUAUUGGGUGAAGAUCGUUAUCUUUCUUCCUUGAUGUUGAGAACAUUCCCAAAGAGAAAGCAAGUUUUCGUUCCUAAGGCUGCUUGUAAAACUAUUGUUCCGGAUCAAUUUAAGGUUUUGUUAUCACAACGUCGUAGAUGGAUUAAUUCUACUGUUCAUAAUUUGUUUGAAUUGGUUUUAGUUAAGGAUUUGUGUGGUACCUUUUGUUUUUCUAUGCAAUUUGUUAUUUUCAUUGAAUUGGUUGGUACUUUAGUUUUACCAGCUGCUAUUACAUUUACCAUUUAUGUUAUUAUUGUUGCCAUUGUUUCCAAACCAACACCAGUUAUGUCCUUGGUCUUGUUGGCUGUUAUUUUUGGUUUACCUGGGUUGUUGAUUGUUAUUACUGUUUCAUCCUUUUCUUACAUUGUCUAUUUCUUCAUUUAUCUUAUUGCAUUGCCAAUUUGGAAUUUUGUUUUACCAAGUUAUGCUUAUUGGAAAUUUGAUGAUUUCAGUUGGGGUGAAACCAGAACAGUUGCAGGAGGAGAUAAAGGAGAUCAUAGUGCAGUUGAAGGUAAAUUUGAUCCAAGUAGAAUUAGUAUGAAGAGAUGGAGAGAUUGGGAAAGAGAUCGUAGAAAUAUGGAAAAUAAUAAUGGUAAUAGACCACAAGCAAAUAAUUUUGCUAGUACCAAUAGUUUACCAGUACCUUCUGCGGCAUGGGAUCCAUCUAAUUCAGAAAAAUUAGUUGAGUAUAACAGUCAGGGUUCUUCUUCCGGAUCUAAUUGGAAGCACAUAAUUAUGGGAGAUAUAUCUUCUUUUAUUUAA